AUGUUUAGACCUGCAUUUUUCGAACUGCUUCAAAUCCCGGCCAACUCAGUUACUGAUGCAGUCGACGCUUUGAUCGAGCCUCUCACGAAGAUGCUCGAGUACUUUGUUCAUGUUUCUUCCAAUUCUUCUGGUAAUCUUCAAAUCUUCUCCGAAACAUAUCAAAUACUCAUGCGGCAGAUAGAAGUCAAGGAGUACCUAACAGACAGCGUCGUUGGAACUCUUGAAAGUCUUGCAAAACUGCUUCCAGAAUCUGCGAGGGGAGAAGCAGAGUUAAUUGCUAAAUGGGCGAAAGUAGCAAAUAUCGUCUUUGGGUUUGAAAUUCAUUUUUACGGCGUUCUUUCGGAAGCGUCUCUGCCACCAAAUUACAAGUUUGAUUACAAGCUAAUGGAAUUAACGGGAAUUUUCUUCAACGAAACUACUUCCAGAAAUAUCGCUGAGUUCAUCCCUGAUUUGAUUGAUUAUUCUCCAAAACUGUCUGCGCUUUUCCUCCCUGCUGCCCUUGCCGGGUCACCUGGCGUAGGAUUCUUCACCGACGACGGCGACUAUUGGCCAGUUCUUGCUUGCGAGUCAGACAAGGCCUGUUCCAUAUGGAAGAUUGCUCAGAAGCCGGGCUUUGAGGACAGUAGAGCAGCCCGACUCACUUGUGAUCUCUCGAUAAAUAAGUGUGUCUGUGCCGAUGGCUUCGUCGAUAAAAACAACGAUCCUAUGGACGGUUGCGAGGAAAAAGCUGGAGCUGGGAGCGACGGAGAGAGCUGCUACUUCGGAACUUGCAGCGAUGAUGCAUCCUGCGAGUCGUUUCAACCUGGACUGAGAUGUGGCUCGAAUGGAUGCUGUGAAUGUGAUCCUAGCAGCAUCUCAUGA